AUGGAGGCGAAGGCAAUAAGCAAGAAGGCAGGGGCGCCAGCCCCAAAGCCAAAGAUAAAGAGGAAAUAUUCAGAAGUACAAUUAGGUGAUUAUUUAAUAGGAUCACAAGUAUGGAUAAGAGACAAUAAAAAAGAAGAAUUAUAUACAUUAGCAACAGUAAAAAAAAUAGAGGGAACAACAUUAACAGUAGAAAUAGAUGGAGGUGUAACAAAAGAUGUACAACAAGAUGAAUGUCUUAAUGCAAAUGUUGGUGUUACACCAGAAACAUGCAAUGAUUUAUCUAAAUUGCCGCAUGCAAAUGAGGCUGCAGCCCUACAAAUUAUAAGGGAUAGGUAUCUUAAGGAUCAAAUCUAUACAUAUGCAGGCCGUUUAUUAAUAGCAAUGAAUCCUUUUAAAUUAAUUCCUGGUUUAUAUGAUUCUUCCUGCAUAACUCGUUACCAGAACAGUGACACCUCAAGAGGAUUUCCUAUUGAUUUACCCCCUCAUACUUAUUCAAUAGCACAAUUAGCUAUGGAUUAUUUACGUAUUAAUAAAGAAAAUCAAUCAUGUAUUGUAUCUGGUGAAUCAGGAGCAGGAAAAACAGAAACAGCUAGACAAUUAAUGCAAUAUUUUGCUACAGAUAAACAAGGAAAAGGAGGAUCUAAAAUACAAGAUAUUAUAUUAGGUGCUAAUCCUGUACUAGAGGCUAUAGGUAAUGCUAAGACAUUAAGGAAUAAUAAUUCAUCACGAUUUGGUCGUUUUGUUAAGUUAGAUGUAUCCCCUACAGGAGGAAUAAGAGGAGGAAUAAUAAAUAAUUAUAUGUUAGAAUUAUCUCGUAUAGAAUUUCAAUCUAAAGGGGAAAGAAAUUAUCAUAUUUUUUAUCAAUUAAUAAAAGGAUUAAAUAAUAAUGAUAAAAAUAAUUGUUUAUUUAAAAAUAUUCAUGAAUAUGAAUUUCUUAAUAAAAGUGAUUGUUAUGAAGUUGAUACUGUUGAUGAUCUUAAAGAAUUCAAUGAAGUACAACAACAAUUAGAUCAAUUAUUCACAAAAGAAGAAAAGCUGGCAUAUUUUCAGAUUCUUUCUGCUGUUCUUCUUUGUGGUAACAUUGACUUCGUUAAUGUACAAGCCAUGGGUACAGAUAAAGCAGCAAAGUUACGUAAUGAGACAGAGUUUGAACAAGUCGCUACUCUCCUAGGUGUCAAUAAAAGCUCUAUGUUAGAG